AUGUCUGCCGACAAUACAGUGGAGGCACGCGCAAUGCAGGGCGACGAUAUUCGCAGGAAAGUUGCACACAUCACAGCGGUCCUACGUCAUCGACAUGGCGACGCUGCGGCCGCCGCCACCGCCGCGGUCGAUGAAUUCGUGGCAGCAUGCAACACUCUCCCGCCCGGGCCUGGACAGACAGCCACAGACCUCGUGUCCGCCUUGGGUCGCAGUACAUGCCGCCGACUCGAGGAAGCUGCUCUCCGGAGCUUUGAACGGCAGCUGCGGCGCCGGACCCGGCCGGACGGGACAAUGCCGCAUAUGCCCCGCGCGCUGGCGGAGCUGCAGUCGGCUGCCAAGGCCUGGUGUCUGUCGCCGCUGGUUCUGCUAGCAGAGUUCGCCGAUGCGCCCAAGUCGGACCAUUUUUGGCGCCUCCUAGCCCGAUUGGCACGCUCCCGUAGCCAGGGCGCCUGGCCGGACGUCCGCGAGCGCCUGCAAGCCGCACGUCACCGCCGCCGAUAUGACCGUCUGGCUCGCCGUCAGGGCGUAAGCUACAUCCAGCCGUGGGCCAUUCCCGACAUUAUGGAUGUGUUAAAGCAGCACGAGAAGGAGUCGGAGGAAGGGCAGGACGAAGAGGAGGAGCGCGAGGGGGAGCGCGAGGAGGAGCGCGAACAAGAACAAGAGCAGAGGCAAGUCCACCAGCACGCAAACGACAAUAAUAUUGCGAGAACAAGACAGGGCAAUGCAGCCACUGGACUCGCCUCCCAUCGACCUACAGCGCUCAGUGACACGCUGGAUAGCGCCAACACCACAUUACCAAAACCGCAUGGGCCGAAUUCUGACGGUGUAAGCGGCGAGAAUGGCGCCACGGAAGCCGGUGAUGCCACGUUGUCAGACGCCAUAUACGUCAGCGGCAGUGAACAGACCAACGUGUGGCGUUUCGCCUAUGGCUGGUGGCUGCCGACCGACGUCGUCCACCGGCUAUGUAGCUCCCUCGUCCACAUCCAGCCGAACGUAUUCCAAUUCGCUGCAUCUGGAGCUGGAGUCGCGUCCUCUGCGGAUGGGAUGAAGGGCAUAUUGUCGCCAUGUCGCGCCCAGCCCGAUGGUGCCACGAGUACGAUUAUCGUGCCUGUCCGUAUAAAGAUAUCGUAUCACUGGAUCCUCGCCACUUUAUGCCCUUUCGAGAAAGUCGUCUCCGUAUACGAUCCGCAGCCUGGCAGCCCCCUGUCCCACACAGAGAUAGCAGCCGCCUUGGACGACGUGCUGACGUACGAGCAGAUGUCGUCGGGGGUCGAGACACUCGCCGUCGCUGACUGGGCGUUGGUCAUGCGAAGCUGUCCAACGCAAGUGAACAGCAUCGACACCGGUGUCGCAGUGAUUGCAUUGUCGCUGUAUUGCCUCGUGGGCCGCGCCAUGCCCACGAGUAUGGACAGCUGGCUCUGGCGCCGCAUGCUGGCCUUUUACCUGACCCGGCUCUCGCCGGACGACGCCGCGCAAACGACCAAAGAUAUUGCGCUGGCCACGUUGUUUGCCCAGACGCUUUCGGCCCGCAACAUCCAUACGCCGGCUGACACUACAUCGACGAACCCUUCUGCCUUCGCCGCCGAGCCGCCGCCGCAGCAGAGUGACGGAGACAAAGGCCAUAUGGAUGCGGGAAGGAACUUGAUAGGCGGAAUCCAACAACAGCCGCUCGUCGGGCGUAACAUUCACGCACAGCGCAGCAGUGUCAUUGAGGGACGAGCAGUCUGGGCGGCCGCGGCACAACUGGCCAGCCGAGCCAAGACAGACGCACGGAGAAAGCGAGACGACAUUGCCAGCGAGCUGCAGCGUGUGGUCGAUGCGUUGUUCCAUCACAACACGCAGUCGGACACGAGGAGACAUACUCGCCACAGAGAUGCCAAGACAGCCGUAGAGGGCGACGAUGAUACUUUAACCACGUCGGUACGCCGUCUUGAGGCGGCCGUGAAGACAGCGGAGGCGGACAUGGCAGGCAUUGCUGCAGUCGUGAAUGGAAUUCGUGCUGUCUUGGAUGACCUUGACACUCUUCUGCCCAGUACACGACGUCAAUCUCGGACUGGAUCUCUAGAUUAG